AAAAAUUUCUGAAACUCCGCUUUCGCCCGACUGGGUAAGCAGUAACCACCACAAACCAUGGCGUCAUUCGUUUGCAUGUCCUUAUCGCCGCCGCCCUCCACCGGCUCUUCUUCUUCCUCCACUUCCACUAGCCGCGGCGGUAGAUUCUCCCUCGUCUUUCCGCUCUCCAACGGCCGUCAGCGGACGAGGAGAACGAAACUUCAUUUGGUUUGUAUGGCUCCUGAGGAAGAGAAAUUGACUCGUCGCAACCCCCUCGAUUUCCCCAUCGAGUGGGAGAGGCCUAAACCUGGGCGUAGACCUGAUAUAUUUCCUAAAUUUAGUCCUAUGAAAACACCAUUACCACCACCGAUGCCAUACGAUCCUCCGGAAGAAGACGAAGAAGAGGAAGAAAAGAAAGAGGAAGAGGAAGAGGAGGAAGAUCCUGAAAAGGAAGAAGACCCCGAGAAUCCUGACAAACAAUAAUGAUAAAAUGUAGUUUGAAUUUUUCUUAUGCGCUUAGUAUGUUGAGUUGAUGGAAUGUUGUAGUCAUCCAUUUUCCGGACCAUCUUGUCGGAAUUUAUUCAGGCUGAUUUAGUAUAAGGGUUAGAACUUCUUGGAUGAAAACGAAAUGAAAAGGGGGCUUGAUUGUUAGUUAUCUUGAUGUCAUGCAUCUAUGAUUUGAAUCUUUGAUAUCCUCUAGAGUUUCGGCUCUCUUGAACGUAUAACCGCAUUGAAGACAUAAUACGGUUUGAUUUU